CUUUGCACAGCGAACAAUUCAACUGAUGGAAAUGGGAAUAUUUCAACAACCAAUGUGUCCUACACAGGAGAGGGAGAGAGGGAAAGGGAAAAGAAGAGGUGAAAGAGCUGGAGGCGGACAAGGAGGGUCACAUGGUAGAAAUGACAAGUCAAACUGUAUGCAAACCACUGUAAAUAUUUGUCAGCAUUACUGUAGAUUAUUUGGAAGGAUAUUCUUUUCGAUAGAAGGUUUUUUACCUGAGAUGUCCUUCACGUUUAAGAAACAAACAGUGAGGAAUACACCUGAUCUCAUCUAUUAUUUCCACUCCGGAGAGUGUUUGAAAUGUAUGGAAGAACUCUUGUUUAUUAUAGAGGUAAAGAAGGCACCAUUAAAUCGAGAUUCUAAAGAUAUAAGACAGCUUGUUGGGGAAAAAAUUAUGGGACAAGUUGGCCAAUUAAAAUACUCUGUAUUUUAUCCACAUUCUCUUGGAGUCAUUUGCAUGGAAACAAAGUUAAUUUUUGUCCUCCUGAAAAUUUCAAAAGAGCAUUCAGACAGCAUAUAUUCUGGAGACAGAGGAACAGGAGAGGAUCCUGGGAAAAUUCAUUACACUGAGCCAUUUGACAUGUUAAUAGCCAAGGACAGGUCUCAAAUUGCAGAUUUUAUGUUUUGGUUAGGAUUUGCUCAAGAUUCUAGGAAAUACAAGUAUUUUUGAUAUUUUGGCUGUAUUCUGGAUAUCCAUUUUAGUCUAUUCAUUGGUCCUUUGAUCAUGAUUGUACAUAAGAAAGUGUACCUGAACAUUUAAAGAGAGAUAUGUACAAGGGGUGAUCAAGAAGAUUUGAGACUGAAUUCAACAAAUACAAUAGUUGCCUGA